UUGGAGUAUUGGUUUAUACCGCGACCAAUUUUAUUUUACAAUUCGGGAGUUUAACUUAUUUAUUAUUCUUGAUGCUGUUUAUGUUACCAUUUAACAUUAUAAAUUCAUAUUUUUUCAAUGAAAAGUAGUGAUUCGAUAAUAAAUCUGAGAAACAGACAGUUUUAGUGAAAUGGCGGACACGGUUCCUGUUAGCGAAGUUCUUAGCGAAGCUAUGGAAUAUUUAUCAAAACUGGGAUCUAACUUGAGAGUUCGAUCGGAAAAUCUUAAAGAGAAGAGAUUGAAGAAAGAGAAAUUAAAGAAUUCUCAUGCCUUGCAGAAGGCCGCAAGUAAGGUGCUUUUGAUAUGUGAAUUGUCGAAGAAGUCUAUUGAGAACGUUGAAAGCGGCGUGAAGAAAGUACUAACUCAAAUCGUCGCUAAUCAAAGCAACGUUAGUGAUGGCGGGAAAAUUGCAAGUCGCAAAUCGUCAUUCGUUGACAGCAAAGUUAAAUAUGAAUACUUUGAUUAUAAAUCUCGCAAGUUAAAAAUUAAACAAAAAAUUAACUUGGACCAUUACACUUCAGUUAAAGUUUUAACUAAACCCAUGCCAAUGGAUAUUCAAGAAAAGUAUCCGGUUUAUCAUGACUGUGAAUUGUAUCGAAACAGGAAGAAACAAACUUGCAACUCGGAGAGCAACCGCAAGGACUCAUCAGAAACAAAGGAGCUAGACAGCAAUAUUCAUGUAAAAGGUAACAGUUCUAAUAUGGAAUUAUCUAAACAGGAUAAAGAAAAUCAUUCAGAAAACACAGAAACUACCAGAAAACUUAGUAAUGAUGGUAAUAAAUGUAUAAAAGAUCAACCAUCCAAAACGAAAGAGAGUAAAUCAACUAAAACCAAGAGAUUUAAACAUAUAAAAGUAUUUAAUGAUAGUUCUGAUAGUGAAACCGAAACGCAAAAUAAAACUGAAAAUGAAGUCACUUCAACUCAAAAUUCAAUUGAAUGUGAUACAUCUAACAAAGAGGCAAACAAUGAUAUAGUAAAUAUUGAAAACAUAUCAACUACUGUGGCUCCAGACCCUAGUAGCACGGAACAAAAUGAACAUGAGGGAAGCGAAUUACACACAAAUUCACCAAAAACAAAGGAAAACUGUGACAUAGAGAGUAAUGCAACCUUGAAAGAAAAUGAAAAUAAACAAAUUGAAUCAGAUGUAGCAGAAAUUCAAGGCGCAUCAGUUGAUAGUAAUAUAAGUAGCAAUGUAAAUACUGAAAACAUUCCAUCAUCAAGUGAUGCGAUCAGCUCUAAAACUGAUGAUCAGUGUAGUGAGGGUGUUGCCGCUGAUAAAACGAAUGAAACCAAAAAUGUUGAUAGCCAGAGUUCAAUAAUUAAGCCUUUUAUUAAAUGUGUCAAUAUAAAUAAACUAUUGAAAGAUGAUAAGAAGGCAUUCCCAAUUAAUAAUGAUAAGGAAGAUAAUUUAAUAGAAAAUAAUAUGCAAAAAGACGACAUGAGUAGGAAGAAAAGUAAUAAUGUGACGGGCUGUGAUCGAAGUCAAAGAAAACCUUUAAGAGCAGGUAAAAAAUACCAAAGCGAACACAUUGCCACGGAAAAUGAUGAUGCUGAAUAUUGGAGAGAGAAGCGUAGUGAAGUGAAGAAGUUUAAGCCUAAGGAUUUCCAUAUUAAUAUUAUGAGACUGCCGGAAUUCACCCAAGAUUACCUAAAAAGCUACGGCUUGAAAAGAGUUAUUCAAAAUGGGAAUACUGUGUUUGAAUUUACAAAAGAGACAGAAAAAAAUAUCUCUAAAGAUGUCCUGAAUGUUAAGAGCUCUCCGUUGAAUGAAUCAGAUUCAGACAGUGAAGAAAAUUUAAAGAAUCUGGCGGAAAAUCUUAAAAAUGAUCUCAACAAGUCUAAUAAGGAUAAUGGAAAUCCUGCUUCAAAUGAAGUUGGUGGAAGUCAAAGCAAUCGAUGUGUUGGAUCUAUUGAUAAUACUGAAAGCAAUAAUCUAGAAGAGAGAAGUAAAACACCUGAUGUAAUUAUUAAUAAAAAUGAUUCCACGUCAGUAGCACAGGAUGAAAUUAAAUCCUCCUUGCUGAACGAUUCAACUGAUGAUAAUAGUCCAAACAAAAAGAGAAAACGACGUAGCAAUAGUGUCUCCCCAUCAUCGAAACGAAAACACAUGAUGGAGAGCAUACACGCUAAGAAAAUGUUGCUCACAGACUCAUCCAGCUCGGACACGGAGGACGAAGCGUUAACGGGUGCUCUGAAACAAAUAAGGGAUUACCGGUUAACAGGGAACUCGUCGGGUGACAAGGAAAAGAAGGAUAAAAACAAAAACGAGUCAUCCGAUUCUGACUCGAGUUCGAUAUCUUUAAAUAAAAGAAAGAGAUCGAGAAGCAAUAGUGAAGAUAAUGUAAAAGAUAAAGAUAAAGAUAUGUCGGGCAGUGAAUCUAAGAAGACCUCCAGUCAGACAGAGGAUAACUGCGAAGAUGUUUCAUGUUCGAGUUCCAAAAAGAUGGGGCGGUCUAAAUCUAAUGAAGGUAGCAGCAGCCAAAAUACAGAUUCUCAGGAUACGUUUGACAAAGACAUUGAUGGGCUAACAAAUUUAAAGUCUCUUGACAAGAAGCAUCGCCGUCGGGAGUCCAAUUCGUCGGCCGCGACACAGAACACGAAAAAACACACAAAAAUGCCGAAGCCGUGCAUCAGCGACGAGACCUUCCUCAAGGCGGAAAGCAGUUCGGACAACGCGUCUGUUGCAGACAGCGAUGGGGGAUACGAAGCUGAAGAGCUUCCGGCUAUAACGUUGUCAGGUUUGAACGGAGACGGUGUCAUUCACCUCGCCAAAGACGACCUGCUUGAAGAGAGCGACUCAUCCAGCUCCCACGUUAAGAGCACACAGGACGGUAAAAAGAAUGAAUCUGAAGAUGGCAAUUUAAAAUCCAAGUCCCGUCGCAAGCUGGCGAUAUCUUCGGAUUCCGAAGCCGGUUCCUCUCGCAAGAAGGACAGGGACGUGAAGCUGAGCGACUUCGAAGACUCCGAAGACGACUCCGAGCCCAAGAAGACUAAGAGGAAGAAGAAGGGCAGCGACAGUGACGCCUCGGCCGCCUCCUCCGCGGACGAGAGUAAGAAGAAACGUCGGCGCAUAAAAAACGUCGACGAGAGCGACGGCUCGGGAUCGGAGACGGAGAACGAAGGCAGAAAUAAACAUGGCAGAAAAAACAUACGGAAGGUCAUGAGCAAGAACCAGCUGGAGGAGGCCACCAAGAAAGCUGCCAAGGAGGAGAAGGAGAGAAUCGCUCGGAUAGCGGAGAGACAGAAACUGUAUAACAAUUUGGAAUUCGAUGAGUCGGGGAAGCCGGACGAGGUUGUGUUAGACAAAGUGGUUCUUGACUUUGAUCCGGAGACGAAAGAGCCUUUGAUAGAGGUCGAUAAAGGACUCGUCAAGAAACUGAAGCCGCAUCAGGCUAACGGUAUAAAGUUUAUGUGGAACGCGUGCUUCGAAAGCGUCAAGAGAAUUAAGAAAGACAAAGGCUCCGGCUGCAUAUUGGCGCAUUGUAUGGGUCUAGGGAAGACGUUACAGGUGGUGUCCCUGACUCACACGCUGCUCACUCACAGCUCGCUGACGGGUGUGAACCGCGUGCUGGUGGUGUGUCCGCUGUCCACCGUCCUCAACUGGGUCAACGAGUUCCGUAUAUGGCUGAAACACACCGAGAACGAGUAUGACGUCGACGUUUACGAGUUGUCCAGAUUCAAACAGAACAGCGAGCGCUCGUACCAGCUGUCCUCGUGGUUCGCGAGCGGCGGAGUGUGUGUGCUGGGCUACGAGAUGUUCAGGAACCUGUCCUCAGACACCAACAAGAAGUUCAAGAAGAAGAUGAUGAAGAGCUUCCAGGAGAGCCUCGUGGAUCCCGGUCCGGACUUGGUGGUGUGUGACGAGGGACAUCUCUUGAAGAAUGAGAAGACCAGCCUCUCUCAGGCCAUGAACCGUGUGAGGACGCUCAGACGGAUAGUACUCACCGGAACCCCGCUACAGAAUAAUCUUAAGGAGUAUUACUGCAUGGUUCAAUUCGUGAAGCCGAAUCUGCUGGGGAAGUACAACGAGUACCUCAAUAGAUUCGUGAAUCCUAUAACAAACGGACAGUACACGGACUCCACGGAACAUGAUAUAAGGGUCAUGAAGAGGCGGUCGCAUGUGCUGCACAAGAUGCUGGACGGAGCUGUGCAGAGGCGGGACUACGGGGUGCUGGCGCCCUUCCUGCCGCCGAAGCACGAAUACGUUCUGUUCAUAACGCUCACGGAAGUACAGAUUAAGUUGUACCAACAUUACCUUGAUAACUACUCCCGGAAGCCGCUGGCUGGCAAGUCUUCUGGCUUCCUGUUCCCAGACUUCCAGUCGCUCCAGAGGAUAUGGACGCAUCCGCUCGUACUUAAAUAUAACUCGGAGAGAUAUGAAAUUAUGCAACAGAAGAAGAGGGAGAGAGAGGAAGAAGAUUCUGAGAUGUCUGACUUUAUAGACGACGACUCGACACCGGAUGAAUCAUCUACAGAAGAAUCGUCUGAUAGCUUAUCUGAUAUGAGCGAUGACAGUCGGAAGAAAAGUAAGAAGAAGAAGUCGGGGAAGAAAGGUAAAGGAAAAGAUAGCAAGGUGACGCGGCGCGGAACACGGGCGAAUCCAGUGGAGAUGGAAGACGAGCCAGCUGUGCUGGAUUCAAGGGAUCUGAAGACGGAGAACCCGACGGAGUGGUGGAUGACGCUGGUCAGCGAGGACGAGCUGGACGAUAUGAGGCACUCGCACAAACUAGUGCUGCUGUUCGAUAUACUGAGGCAGUGUGAGGCUAUCGGGGAUAAACUACUGGUGUUCUCCCAAUCUCUGUACUCGUUGGACCUGAUAGAACAUUUCCUGGGCAAGGUGGACGACGCGACGCAGGAGGCGAGAGUUGAUGAAAAACUAAAUGGACAUGUCGGUUCCUGGUCCCCCGGGAUCGAUUACUUCCGGCUGGACGGGUCCACGUCCUGUGAAAACAGAUCUAUAUGGUGCAAGAAUUUUAACAGGGAAGAUAAUCCUCGAGCGAGGUUGUUCCUGAUCUCGACUCGUGCCGGCGGCCUGGGCAUCAACCUGGUGGCGGCCAACCGCGUCGUCAUAUUCGACGUGUCGUGGAACCCCUCGCACGACGUGCAGAGCAUAUUCAGAGUGUACCGCUUCGGACAGAAGAAACCCUGCUAUAUAUACCGAUUUUUGGCUAUGGGCACGAUGGAGGAGAAGAUCUACGAGCGGCAAGUGACGAAACAGGCGAUAUCGAAACGAGUCAUAGACGAGCAGCAAAUAGACCGGCAUUACGCCGAGAACGACCUGGCCGAGCUGUACAAGUUCGAACCCAACCCGCCGCCCAGGGAGAUACCGCCGCUGCCGAAGGACAGGCUGUUCGCUGAGAUGCUCAAGGAGCACGAGGCACAGAUCUACAAAUAUCACGAGCAUGACUCCCUUUUAGAGAACAAGGAAGAGGAGACCCUGACAGAAGAGGAGAGGAAGGCGGCCUGGGAGGACUUCGAGAACGAGAAGACGCGCCCGCCGCCCGCGCCCUUCAACUAUAACAUGCACAACGGCAUGAUGCCAGGUCUAUUCGCCCAACAACAGCAGCUGGCGUAUGCGGCGCUAGCGGCCAUGUUGAGGAAAGAAACGCCGGGAAUAAACGACAGUCAAAUACGGGACAUGCAGACGCUACUAUACAACUCGAACCCAGCCCUGAUGCAGAAAAUGGGUGAAAUAUAUAAAUACGCUCAGCCGGGCAUGAUGAACCCGGGCAUGAUGAACCCGGGGAUGGUGAAUCCAGGCGGCGGUAUGGGUGUGGGUGGCAGCAGCGGCCUGCAAUACGAGCCGCCCUGGCAGCGUCAGCAGCAAAUGCGAAUGCAACAACUCAUGCAGCAACAAAACAUGGGUGCAAAGUACUACGCAGGGGGUCUCGGCAGCCGCGAUCCGGUGGCGAUGGCGCUGCAGCAGCAGAGGGCGAGGGAGAUGAUGCUGGGCGAGCGGACCCGGCCCCGCGGACGACCGCCCGGCCGCUCCGCCGCCGGACUCGCGCAUGCCACAGCGCACGCCGCAGCCACGCCCACCGACGUCGUCAACCUCGACUCCGACUAGACUGGUUGGUGGACAGAUUGGUGUAAAUUAAAGUGUAUAGUGAACAUUAAGGUGCUACGAUCACGAAGUAGGCUUGAACUAAGUGGCGUGGAAGAAUGGACCGGGUGUAUACCUAUAUAUAAUCAACAUGCGAGUGGUGUAAUAAUAUAGUUGUCUGUCGCCUCGGCUCACUGGCCACAUAUCACGAAUCUCUAUUAGUUUGUCAGACGUACGACUACCUAGUUGUCAGAAUUGAAAAUGAAAUAAAUGUCAAAUGUAACGGUUGCGGUGACAUAUCAGAAUAAAAUUAACAUGCAGCCUACCUAUUAACCGCUACUAGCACAAGUCAGAUUUUAUUGUAAGUGUAGUUGAAACUGUGCUCAAAAUUAUGACUACUGGAUACAUUGUAACUUCUGAAUUUCAAAAUUAUACUUAAAAUAGUACAUUACGGUUAGAUGUGUAGCCGUUUUAUGUGGAUAACGAUAAUAACAUUUUAAACAUUAAAUAAAUACUUAACAUAAAGAGGGUGUACAUAUAUAUUAUAUAAGGGUAUCAUUUACAACAUUAUUUUAUAUAAAAUGAAAACUAUUCAAAAAAUUUCUUUUCAUUAUUGUUAUUCACAUAGAAUAUAAUGAAGCAUCUCAUGAGUGUAAGUGGUAUAAUAUAUUUGAUGUCUUGAGAUGCUUUUGAUGUUAGCUUGACUAUUUUAUAUAUCUCUCAGUACAGGAAAUUAGUGUUAAGAUAUAUUGAUAUGUCUGUAGAUAGAAACUUCGUGUCCACCAUCCCACAUUAGUGUCGCGAGCCAACUUAUAACGUCUUUAAUUGCUUGCUUUGUUAUAAAUAUCAACAUGACAAAAUACAGCAUUGAAAUAUUUCAAUACUAACACUCGAUGCUACUCAACGUUAUUCCCGUUAUGGGUACGUACUAAAACGUUAGUAAAUAUAGUCGCAUGUAAAUUUACAAAACAAUCCACUGAGGAUCAAUCAACGGCUUUUCGGUUCUCAAUAUAGUGUUUUCUAUUCGAAACUUGUUAAUGCAACUAAUGCCUAAAUUAACAUUUUCUUCCACAUUCUUAUAUCUAACACAAGUAAGAUCCAUUGAGAGAUUGUUAUAUUAGCAACAAUUGAAUUGUUUAUGCUCUCUUAACUCAUUUAUCGUUGUAUAAAUAAUCAUGAUUAUAAAACCUCAUUUCGGGUAACUCAAAUAUAUAUAUAUAUAUAAAAAAAAAAUCAAAUUUUUUUAAGAUACCAUUCCAAAAGAACACAAAAUAUUCUAAUGUCCUCACAGUAUCCUAUUUCCAGCAAUUUUUAAACAUAAUUAUUAAUUAAAAUAACAUUUUGUUAACCUAUGUACUAAUAAGCCCUCUAUUUAUUUGCCCGGCCCUCGGGCGUUUUAGUUGUGAUAUUGCUUAAUCUUAAAAUUUUUGUAUACGUUUAUUUUAUUGGGUCACAUCGAAGUGACUUUAAUUUUAGAUUCAGCGAUUAUUAUAGUUAUUGUUUAGAUAAGUAUACUAUACCAGUUAACAGAUGAAAAAUGAUGUAGCAUUUCAUUUUAUGCUGUUAGAUUAUUCUUUUUUAAUAAUAAGACAUUUUGAAUGUUGAUUUUUUUACAAUUUCUUAGAUUUUAUGCUUACCCUAUAUGUUAUUUAUAGUUUUACACAAAGUAUAAUGAAUGAACAGUAUUUCAUAUAGAAUUUAGGAUAUUUUUUAUCUAAUAUUAUAGUAAUAUUUUUAAUUUCUGGUUGGAAAGAGAAGCUUGAGGUUGAAUGAGAUUGAUACACAAGUAAGAAAAUUGCUAUAAUGGUUUAUUAUUUAUGUAAAAUAUAAUUGUAACUGUAGAAAACUUCCUAUUAUUUUGUAGUACAAUUGAAGUAUAAUAAAUGAUUUGGAAAUGUGUAAA